CUCUCCAAAGUCCAAAGUCCAAACCCAUUAAUAUCCCACUCUCCUCUCUCUCUCUCUCUCUCUCGCUCUCUCUCUCUAUCUCUGUAUCUUCUUCUGAAGUGGAAAUGCAAGAACAGCAAACGAGUUUUAUUGGAGCGAGUAGACCUUCGAGCAGUGAAAGGUCUUCCAGUUCUGCUCCUCAAGUUGAAAUCAAAGAAGGUAUGGAGAGUGACGAUGAGAUCAGAAGAGUGCCGGAGCUCGGCGGAGAAAUAGCCGGCGCGUCGGCAUCAGGCCGGGGUGGCGUUUCAGGGGCCGGUCCGGACCGGGUUCAGACAAGGAAGAGGGGUAGAAGUCCUGCUGACAAAGAAAACAAGCGGCUCAAGAGGUUGCUGAGGAACAGAGUUUCAGCACAGCAAGCAAGGGAGAGGAAAAAGGCAUACUUGAAUGAGUUGGAGGUUAGGGUUAAAGACUUGGAAAAGAAGAACUCUGAGCUGGAGGAGAGGCUGUCCACGUUGCAAAAUGAAAACCAGAUGCUUAGACAUAUAUUGAAGAACACAACGGCAGGAAUUCAGGAGGGGAGGAAGUAGGUUCUAUGUAUAUGGAUUUUGUGAGAGACACGAGCGAAAGGGAAAAGGGUGCGUCCCUGUGCCUUUUUUUUACUCUUACGUGUAUAUAUUGAAAUAAUCAAAUAGCACAAGAAAGUUGAUCCUAAAUUAGUGUAAAAUGGUUCUCUUUUACCCCUCGUUUUCUUUCAAUUUAUGAUACUUCUGUGGAUGUCAGACAACACGUGAAUUUAAUCGCGACCAAGUUGCAGUGGCGAAGAGUAGAUUAGUACUAUUUACCUGGAUUCUUGUUUCUAUGGUUCUAUAUGGAGGACAUGGUUUGAUGAGCAUUUCAUUGAAGAGAACAGAUUAAUCUUUUGUAGAUGCCUUUUCAUUUACUACAUCUUCAAUGGAUGUAAUGAUAAAAUGAUUCCAUUUACUCCAUCUUCAAUGUUCCUAACUUUGUUUUCUCAUGCUAGACUUAUAGUUUAAGCAA